UCUGCAUGGCCUUCAGCAGUCGUUAAUGCAGCGAGGGCAAUGCUCAAGAGGUUUUUCAGACUACGAAGAUGGCUGGCUGGCCACCUUCAGGAGCUGUUUGUGGGAACACUCAUUAUCUGCCUGGUCUGGUUAAGCCAGAUCCAGAUCCAGCUUAAUCUUGAUUCAGAGGAGAUGUGUGCCUGUAUCCAGUGUAUGGCAGGAAGUAAAGAGGAUCCCUGGUUUGCAGAGCGCUACAAGCACAUGGUGCCAAAACUUCUGUCUAGGCAGAACAGCGAGCUCCGUCCAAAAACCAGGAAAUGGUGGCAGAGACUUCAAGGUGGGCCAAGUAAGAACUACAGUGAACUUGUGGAGACUCUGUUCUCGCUGUUCCCUGAUGAAGAACACUACUCAGAUGCUGAUCCUCACCGCUGCAGAACCUGUGCUGUGGUGGGCAACUCUGGAAAUCUGAAAGGAUCUCAUUAUGGCCCUUUAAUAGAUGCCCAUGACUUUGUUAUAAGGAUGAACAAAGCCCCCACUGAAGGCUUUGAGAAGGAUGUUGGGUCGAAGACCACCCACCGCGCCAUCUACCCUGAGAGUGCUAUGGACAUGGACAACUCCACCCACCUUGUCCUGGUACCAUUUAAAAUUAUGGAUCUUGAGUGGCUCAUCAGUGUCUUCACCACCAAACACAUCACACGCACAUAUACAAGAGUGAAAAACACAAUACAAGCAGACAAGGACAAGGUGAUGAUAUUGCACCCUGAGUUUAUGAGAUAUGUCUAUGAGAUCUGGCUGCAGAAACAGGGGAAAUAUCCUUCUACUGGCUUCAUGAUGCUCGUGCUGUCCCUGCACAUCUGUGACCAGGUGAAUAUAUUUGGGUUUGGUGCCAGUAAAGAUGGGAACUGGCACCACUACUUUGACAAAAGAUAUCAUCAUCUUCUCAACACUGGCGUACACAGAGGAAGCGCUGAAUACAACAUCACUCUGAAACUCCACCAGAAAAACAAGAUCCGGAUGUAUAAAGGAUGGUAAAGUCAGCAAAUGGAGAUAAAAAAUAGCACCUUCAACACAUUCAACUCAUUACAGUAUAAUGUGGGAGAUGUAUGAUGGACCCUUUUGUGAAGAGAAGACAGUGGAAAGCAUUUCCACCCUUUGACCAGCAGAUGGAGUCUCAACCCUUCUUCAGAAACCCUGAAGUUAUGCAGAAUACAGGACAUUUUUCAAUGAAAACACUUUUUUCCACACUGCACAACCUGUUCUUCCCCCAUGUAGCAUUAUGUUUUAUAAAACCUCAUAUUCAUGGGGAAAAUAAAGUAAUUAUUUAUAACAUUCAUUCCAUUUUUUAAACGUGUUUUCUCUUUUGAUUUUGUUCUUAUGAUGGAUUAUAUUAUGAAACUUAGAAAAAGGCAUGCAAAUCCUGUCCACACCAGUGGCGGCUGACACUGGAAGCACAGGGGGAGAUUAAAAACUGCGUGCUCAUAAACAACCAUUCAAAAGUGUGGAAUUGCUAGACGUACAAAACAUUCUGGAUAUGAAUGUAUUAUAACUUCAUUCUUAAUGUUAAAAAGAUUUAUCAGUCUACAGUUCUGUUUGAGUUUCAGGACAAACCUAGGACUGGAUUUCUCUUUUUUUCAGAUUCUCAAUUUCCUUCUCAUGUCUCAACUUUUUAUGAUGCUGCU